AUGUGGAAAAUAUAUUUUCACCUACUUUUGGUGGCAUUUUUCUUGGGAAGGACCACCUGCCUAAGAAAAGAGGAUGAUGAUCCGAGUACCCUUAAUCAAAACUACUAUCAGCAUUUAAUGGACAAUUUGGAUAAAAGCUAUAGCCCCUGCUCCCAAUUCUAUCCGUAUGUGUGUAACAAAUGGCCUGAUAAUCACAAGGAGGAUAAGUAUAAUUAUGACUCGGUUGGUGGGAUGUUAUUCCAUGAAAUUAAUAUGGAAAUUAAGGAGUAUCUGGAAACCUCCACCGUAUCAAAUAUGUCUGAUCAGGUGAAAUUAAUUAAGGAUUUCUAUGUGUCCUGUGUGGAAGGUAAGGAUUAUAAGCCUUUGGAGUUUAUGCAUCGGUUGGAAAAAGAGGAAAAUAUGAAAUGGGCCCUGCUCACACCUCUAGAGGAUAAGGAUGUUGUUUUCGAUUGGCCCUCCACAAAGGCCGUUUUUCGUAAAUACGGGUUAAAUGAUCUACUGGUGGAACAAUGGACCACAUCCAGGGAACGUUUCGAGUACAUAAAAGAAUCGGAUAUGGAACAAUUUAAAGAAACCAUCCCACUGCCUCAGGGGGCAAUGGAUUUUUUGGAUCUAUGGAAGGACCUGGAUGAGUUUGAGGAUAAAUUCGGUACAAUGUCAGUGGAUGAAGAGGAGAAGAAGGAAUAUAAAUUUAAGGAUAUACCCUAUCCCUGGUUGAAGAAAUAUCUGUCGGCCAUGGUGGAGCCUCCAGGUUUGAAGGCCAACACAAAAUUUACGUUCGAUAAUAUUGAAAGUCUGAAAAGUUUGGAUAAACUGUUAAAGCAGUAUGACAAUGUAUUUCUUUGCCGCUAUUUGGAGGUACGUUUUCUACUCUAUUUGGAAAAGGCCGGUAUACUUGGCAAGCCAAAUGAAUGCCUGAGCAUGGCCACUACUCUGCUCAACUUGCCCCUCCAAGUGGGCUAUUUGAAUUCCGAAAAUGCCACAAAAUACCUGGAAAUAAUCUAUGGAAAUCUCACAUUGAAUCCCCAAGAUUAUUAUGGCAAUUAUUUGAAGCUAUUGAAUUUUCAUUUUGAGCUCGAAGUGUACCUUGCCCAUGGCAGUAAGGAUAUAUUCUAUAAUAGUCCCACGUAUAAAGUGGAAGCAUGGGAUUUUGGAACCCAAUAUAAUGCCAAAUUGAAUCAUCUAAUCAUACCCCUGGCUGUGUUGCGACCACCGCUAUAUCAUCUGGCCUAUGAGGAUAUAUUUAAGCACAGUGCCUUGGGUAGUUUUAUCGCCUCGAAAAUAUUUGAUCCUCUACACCUUAUGCAUGGCGUGAAAUCUUCCGACGUAUACAAUUUGGCCGAUAUCACAAGUCUUCAAUCGCCAUUUCAGAUUUAUUUUUCAUCAUUGAAUAGCAAAUCGAAUCGAAUCGAAAAAUAUCAAUCGCUUUUCAAUAUAACAUCCCAGCUGGAAUUGAAACAAUUGUUCUACAUCAAUGCCGUUCACUAUCUCUGUGCAUCGGAUUACGAAGAUACGGAUCGUGUCAAUUUGAUUGUUGGCAAAUUGAACGAUUUCAAUGAGGCAUUUGAUUGUAAAUUGAAUAAAUUUUUAAAGGAAAUUGCCUAA